UUCCGGAUCAAAGAAGAGGCUAGACUUCCUUCCGGAAGUGACCCACGUGCUUCGUAUUUCGCCUACCUUGGUACCCGGUAACUUUUUACUAUUGACCCGAAGUUGGGGGCGUUGCGGGAGCUGUGACCUGCCCCAGGCCGUGGACUAAAGAUCAGGCGGCUAUUCUCUGCACGGUGCUAAGUUGACAUGGAUCCGCUCAGAGCCCAGCAGCUGGCUGCGGAGCUGGAGGUGGAGAUGAUGGCCGACAUGUACAACAGAAUGACCAGUGCCUGCCACCGGAAGUGUGUGCCUCCCCACUACAAGGAGGCAGAGCUGUCCAAAGGCGAGUCUGUGUGUCUGGACCGAUGUGUAUCCAAGUACUUGGACAUCCACGAGAGGAUGGGUAAGAAGUUGACAGAGCUGUCAAUGCAGGACGAGGAGCUGAUGAAGAGGGUGCAGCAGAGCUCGGGGCCUGCGUGAGGCCCGCCACGGACUCCUGCGGUUACCUUGCCGCUUACCUGAUUACAGUGUCCCUAAUGGAUGUCACAUGUGAAAACUGUCAUACCUAGGCCCUUGAGCAUCUCCAGGACCCCUGUGUGUGGUAGAGCUCUCCUGGCUAAGGAAGGCGACUUGUCACGCUGGUUUGUGACUGUGUAUGUGUGUAUAUGUAUAUAUCUUAUUAAAAACAAAUUUGUGCAAA